CACUCUUUCAAUUCGCGAGAGGCACUAACUCAUAAACGACUGACAACUUACUGUUUUACAUUAGCUCGAAGAAAAGAUAUUGGAUAUUGGACAGCGCUCACACCUCCUACCUUUGCGUUACUUCGCGUGAGCUAAUGUUUAGUUUGACCGGUCAUAAAACCAAACCUUUUAUUCAUUUAGCGAUGAUGUUCAGUCGUUUCAUUGUAUCAUUAAAAUCAGAUGUAGCCCUUAUCUAUCAGACAAAAAUAUCAGGAAUCAAUAGCAAAAAUAUCAAUUGGUGUAAUCACUUGUCUGACAAAGUUUUGGAUAUAGUAGACUAUCGAACAAAUCAAUCAGUCAUUUACUCUACUGUAGAAACUGGAGUGGUCAAUUGUUAUCAUUCUUAGAAUCUUCACUUGACCUCACUCAAUUAUCUUGGUUAAUGCACUCCACUGUUGUGUUGUACUCAAAAAUCUACUAGCUGUAAAAGAUAUUUUGUAAAGUGCUUUUUCACAAGAUCUUUAUAUAUUUAUGGAGUCAACAUGCGUGUUAAUUACGAGAGACAUGAAAUUAGGUUAUCUUUGUGCAAGCUUCGAAUUCUGAUUUUUUCUCUCUGUGAAUCUUGUUAAAAUCUGACAGUACGGGAAGGAUUUUUGGAUGAAAAUCUAAAUUUUGUUGGCUUUUUGAUUUUAUUCCUAUCGCAUGAUCAUUUUCGGAAACUAUCUUCGUGCGGGUUAUUUUAAUUUUCUUUCUAAGCGUUUGCUGAGUAUAAGCCAGUUAAAAGAAAGAAGUCUGGUAUGCGUUCAUGGUACAUCAGCUGACGAAUUUCUGCAAGGUCUCAUAACUAAUGAUAUCAAAUCUAUAAGUCGACCUAAUUCCUUCAUGUACUCACUAUUCCUCAAUUCGAAGGGUAGAGUGCUAACUGAUGCAUUUAUCUAUCACACUAACCGUUUAUCGGCUAACCGAUCUGAUUAUCUGGUUGAAGUUGAUGUCAAUUACGUACCCGAUUUGGUUAAACAUUUAACUCGAUAUAAUUUACGUGGAAAGGUUAAGAUAGAUGCCAAUUUAUCAGCUCGCCUUUGGAUCGCUAUGCCAACAUCCAAACACUCAAAUCAAUUGAAUAGUUAUAAAGCAUGGUCGCCAGUGAAUACAUUUGAUAUGAAUGAUCAGCAAGAGUUGAUAUUCUUCGCUUCAGAUCCUAGGGGUAUAGCUGGUUGGUCUGGACGCAUACUAUCAACAUCCGAUACAAGUGCCGCUAGCAUUUUUCCAUCAUGCAAUACACAACCACUUGAUAUAAAUCGAUAUCACAAUACACGUUGGGAAUUAGGCUUACCAGAAGGUAUUAAAGAAUUCAUUACAAAUGAUACACUACCGUUUGAAGCGAAUGCUGAUUUAUCUGGUGGAGUUAGCUUUUCCAAAGGAUGUUAUAUUGGUCAAGAGUUGACAGCACGUACACACUUCACUGGAGUGAUUCGACGAAGAUAUGUACCAGUGAAAAUAGUGUCGUUAGGAAAUAUUGAUGUGUUAAAAGCAUCGAAUGUUAUGAAUAGUUUGUACAAUGCACCAAUUUAUCAAGUUGACGAAAAUCAUCAAACACUUCAGUCAAAAGCCAAACCAGUUGGAUGGAUUAGAAAUGUGAAUAUAAACAAUGUGAUUAGUAGUAAAAAGAAUGGUGAUAGUUUAAACUGUGAUUAUUAUUAUGGUCCAAUUGCUGGUAUAGCAUUGAUACGUUUAACAGAAGCAAGUGAACAACAGUAUAAAUUGAUGGUGAAUAUUCCUCUAUACAAUAAUUGUGAUAAUAAGCAUAAUGAAAAUAACAGUGUAGUCAGUUUAAAGAUCAUUCCAUUCAUACCAUCAUGGUGGCCUCAAGAUGUAGCGCCAAUAAUCAAACGAAUUGUGUAUACAUAAAUAAUGUGUGAAUUACAAAUAUAUUUAUUUUGUAUGUUUUUAAAAAGAAUCAUACCAUGAUGUUUCUCAUUGGUUUUAUUUAUUGAACUUUCAUUGUGAAAGCUCAAGUUCCUUGAUUCAGUAGUCUACAGAGUUGUAGAUUGGCAUUGCUCAGAUGAUUUAUACUAAUAUAAAAUGGCUAUCUACUGAUCCAUGGUGCUGGAAAUGUGGUCACGCUGUGACGGUUAAAGCCCACAGGUAAUAUAGUUCAAAAAAGAGAGAGUAAAUUCACGGUCGGAAAGUUUGCUAACAAAUUGAAAUCUAGAAAUAAUUUGUGAUAAAGAAUGAUGAAUGAACCUUGUAGUAGAUGAAAUUGUUAUUUUUUACGCAAAGUUGACAGUUAAUAUGAUUUACUGGAAUUCAUGUGUUGAUUACUUGAAUGUACUUCACAAUGUCAAUGUCAUAUAGAAGUUACGAUAGUUUGUUCACUGUAUUUUUCGUUGGUUAUUUUUCUUUGGUCAAGUCAUGACAAUACGAUGAUAUUCCAUGAUGUUAUUUUGUUUUCCAUCACAGACUAUCAUCAACUAUAAAAUAAUAUAAAGUAACAAACAAUGAAUUGCUGUAGCGCUUUGUUAAUU